AUGGAUUCUGCACAAACAAUGAAAAGUGUAAAUGAAUAUGUAGCAUUUGUUGAGGAGUGCCAAUGUCCAGCAGGUUAUACUGGUCUAUCAUGUGAAAGCUGUGCUCCUGGAUAUGUACGCAGACAACAAGGUUCCUGGUUAGGACAAUGUUACAAAGAAGAUACAGAAGUCUGUCCAGUAGGAAUGUAUGGAUCACCACCGAGAGGAAUACUGUGUAGACAUUGUCCUUGUCCAUUAACAUCAUCUGGCAAUCAAUUUGGUAAAGGUUGCUACCUAGAUACUGAUAGUUUACCAACAUGUAAUUGUAUUGAUGGAUAUGUUGUACGAAGGUGUGAACAAUGUGCCUCUGGAUAUUCAGGAAAUCCUUUACAACCAGGAGAUUAUUGCAAACAAGGUAUAUGUGAUGCAGUUGGUUCAACAUCACCAUUCCCUGAUGAGAGUACUGGAAAAUGUGUCUGCAAGGAUUAUACAACUGGUGAUUUAUGUAACCAAUGUAAGGCUAACACGUUCAACAUUGCACCAGAUAAUCAAUUUGGUUGCAUCAGCUGUUUCUGCAUGGGUCUAUCCAAUCAAUGCACCAGUUCUAGGCUGUACAGACAAGAAGAGCAACGCAACAUUCGCAAGGACCCACCAAGACAUAAAAUUAAUUCAGCGAAAAACUUUGUUCCGUUACCAAAUUUAGAAGUGGACUCAAGUACAAGAGAACUUAUUUACAGAGACUUUCCACCAGGCAGUCAAGAAGUCUAUUAUUGGCAAUUACCUCCACGGUUUCUGGGAAAUAAAAUAACUUCUUAUGGUGGUUCUCUAAGUUACAUCUUAAGACAUGUUCCAGUUCCAGGUGGUCAAUCUUCCAAAAACAGUGCACCAGAUAUCGAACUUAUAAGUGAAAACAAAAUCCGUUUAUUGCAUUAUAGUCGUGAAAACGUUGAACCAAAUACUUUAAAAACUACUUCUUAUAAAGCUAUUAGAACAAAAUUGGCAACGACCAGAUGGUCAGCAACUUACACAACUGGUACUAAAGAAGUAGCGAUACAGUCAGUAACGCUCGAAAUCACUGAUUCAUUCAAUACCGGAAAAAAUAGAGCUGUUGAAGUGGAAGAAUGUUUGUGCCCAGAAGGUUACAAAGGUCUGUCAUGUGAAGAAUGUGCUGUUGGCUACACGAGAAAUGGCCAAGGCCUCUAUUUAGAAAUCUGCGAACCAUGCACAUGUAACGGUCAUUCAAAUUAUUGUGAUCCUGACUCUGGAAUUUGUGUUAACUGUCAAAAUCAUACAACAGGAGAUACAUGUGAUUUGUGUUUACCUGGUUAUACAGGUAACCCACUAAAAGGCAUACCAUGUGAAGCCAAUGAAGAGAUUUCGGCCUGUGAUUGUGAUUCUCAGGGUACUUUACUGCCUUGUCAAGACAAUAGAUGUGUUUGCAAAAUCAAUGUCGAAGGACCUCGUUGUAACCGUUGUAGACCUGGUACAUUUGACUUAUCAGAAAAUCAUGUAGAAGGAUGUUUAGAGUUUUUCUGUUCUGGAGUUUCCCAAAACUGUUAUCCUUCCAAUUUAUUUUUUACUCAAAUUCCAAUGCAGUUAUUUGGACAAAGUCACGGUUUUACUUUAACUGAUAGUGCUAGAAAUAGGUUCAUUAAAUCUGGAUUUUCAACUGACGUGUCUAGAAAUGAAAUUGGCUAUGACUAUACACCUAAUCGCGGUGAACAACUAUUUUGGUCGUUGCCAUCUUCUUUUACAGGAAAUAAGGUUACAUCCUAUGGAGGUUUCCUUAACUGGACCCAACGCUAUACCACUUUUCCAGUGUCCACAAUACGUGAUGACACCGACAUAAUACUUGUUGGAAGUGGAAUAUGGUUAUUUAAAUCAAACGAUAAAAAAGUACUAAAUACUCAUUUAGUAGAAAAAGGUUGGCGUCGAUUAAUUUCCUCAGGACCACAACCAGCAUCAAGAGCUGAAUUUAUGAAAGUACUUUCGUCUAUUGAAGCCAUCCUAAUUCGUGCGAUACAUGCUUCUCAGACUAAUAGAACAUACCUCAGUGAUGUGAGUUUUGAUACAGCUAUUGAAUCUGAGACUGUUGGUGAACGAUCAACCAGUGUUGAAAUAUGCAGAUGUCCAGUUGGUCACAGAGGAACAUCAUGUGAAGAUACCAAUGACCAAUGCUCAAGAUGCCCAUGUAAUGCUAACGAAGAAAGCUGCUCACUAGGCUCAGACUCAAGAGUCACUUGUAAUUGUCUCUCUGGAUACACCGGAUCUUCCUGCAAUACUUUAGAUAAUACAUUUAAUAAUAGACUAACCACAACCACAACUACAACCAGAACACCACCACCAUUACCACAGCCAGAAAUUUAUAUUCAAAUAACUGAGCCGAAAAUCGAAAUUGUUGAAAUAGGAAAUACAGUCACGUUACACUGUGCUGCCAAUUCUCGUCGUUCACAAAGAAUCAGUAUAACAUGGUCAAAAGAAGACGGAUAUUUACCAUCUGACCGUACACAAGACAAUGGUUCUGGUUACUUGUAUAUAACUAGUGUAGAACCUUCAGAUAGUGGAGUGUAUAUUUGUACAGCAUCUGAUGGAUAUUCAAAUUAUUCAUCCUUCAGUGACAAAAAAAUACUGAGAAUAGGAGAUCAAACAGAAACAACCAGUAAACCAAUACAAAGUCAGCCAGAAAUUUACAUCACAGUUUCCGACCCAUCGAUUGAGAUUGUGGAAAUUGGUAGUACUGAAGGUUUAGAUUUGAUGCAAGAUCUAGACAAAGUCGGCCUGUUGUGUUAA